AUGAUCUCAUUUGUGAAGGCUGGAACAAGUACUGGAGCCAACAGAAAAGCUAGACUACACACAAGUAGGCUCCUUUGUCUAGCAAGAGAUUGGCAGUUGGUCUCAGACUUGGAUGAGCAGAUGACCUUUCCCAGUGAGAUUGUGACUACCAACAUGCGACCAGAUAUGGUAGUCUGGUCGAAGCAAUCCAAGUCGGUCAUCCUCUGUAAACUGACUGUACCAUGGGAGGAGAAAAUUGAGACGGCCCAUGAGUACAAGACGUCAAAAUAUGCCGGACUUAUCUUAGAAUGUAAGAAGAGGGGAUGGAAGGUAGACUACUACCCAGUGGAGAUCGGCUGCAGAGGAUAUGCGACCAAGUCUCUCCAUUUCUUCCUCUCAAGGAUGGGAAUAACCAACAGAAGGAAGCUGGCUUUGGAAUUAAUGGAGAUUGCUACAAGGUCCUCAGCCUGGUUUUGGAUUAAAUAUAAAGACAACUUACCAAACGAGCAGCUGGAGGUUGCAUCUCGUCUUGACGCUGCUGGCCCACCUCCUGCCACAUCAAGGAUAAUGGGCCGAAAUGGCUGGCAGGAGGACCUCGACUGA